GGAGGCAGCUUCCCAAAUUACAGUAAUCAUUGUGUCGUUUUGUAUCUAGAUGACACCGACGCCUUGCAUAUGGUUCCAUUGCAUGUUGAUGGAAGCUCUUUAGCUACAAUGUAGCAUUACUCGAAAAAGAAAUAGCGGAACCUUUUGUUCGACAUUUUUGUUCCACACGAGAUUUGAAUUCGGAACAACCAUAUCGCCACAUUGGGCCAGAGCAAGUAGCCUACAUUUACCUUGUUGAUAGUUAGGCUAUUUUAUGAACCAAAUGUAUUAGUUAUUUUUAAAAUGGAAGCUACUUCUUCAAACACCCCCAACAAAGAAACGGGGGUUGCGUUGGGAUUUGUUGAAGAGGCUGACGCCUGGCAGCUCCGAAGUUCUCAGUUUCCCAGUAAAGUGGGUGGUAGACCUGCUUGGUUGAGCCAGUCGGAUUUACCAUCUCAGCCAGAUCUGACAUGUGCAAAAUGUCAGCUCCCCACAGCAUUUUUACUGCAAGUCUAUGCCCCGAUUGUCGGCCAGGACUGGAGUUUUCAUAGGACGCUUUUUGUAUUCUGUUGCAAGACACCAACCUGCCACACACGGAACGAUAAUCAGUGCUUCAAAGUGUUUAGAAGUCAGUUAUCAAGGAAAAAUGACUUUUACCCUUAUGACCCACCACCGGAGGAGGAACCAGAAGAGAGCAGUAGUAGUGUGCUGGAGUCAGGAAUUAAGCUCUGCAGAGUGUGUGGUUGUCCAGGACAAAAGGCUUGUUCACGCUGUCAUGCUGUUACUUACUGCAGCAAGGAUCACCAGACCAUAGACUGGAAACACAGUCAUAAGAAAGAAUGUUGUAAAGAAGGCAACAUCACAGUGUCUACCUCGCCGUUCCUGUUUGCUGAGUUUGAGCUGGUCACGGAGCCUGAGGAGUUAGAGGAAAAAGAUGAGUCUAAUGUCGCAGACGAUGUGGAGGACUGCGACACUCACCACACUGAUAACGACUUGGAUGAAAAUGAGCUUGAGGGCAUGGCCUUUCAUGAAACACAGGACAGCAAAGUGGUUCAGAUAUUUAAACAGAGGACAUCUGUAGAGCCACAUCAGGUUCUGCGAUACGAAAGAGGUGGAGUUCCCCUAUGGGUGUCCUCUGAGCAUAAAACUCUGGAGGAGAAUAUUCCCAAAUGUCCAUGUGGUGCCAAAAGAAUAUUUGAAUUUCAGAUUAUGCCGCAGUUACUCAUCAACCUGAAGGUGGACAGCACAGAUGCCUCCAUUGACUGGGGAACCUUGUUGGUCUAUACAUGUGCAGACAGCUGUCAGCAGGGCAACAAGUACGUCCCAGAAUUCAUCUGGAAACAGGACUUUUCAAUGGAUCAACUUCCAGUGUAAAUAGCAUAGCUGUGAAAGAAAAAACUGUACAUAGGAUGACUGGUGAAAUGAACAUAAAUGUAGUAAGAGACACAAGAAA